AUGGGCACGUGCGCAUCUGCAAGUUCCGAACGUGGGCUUCAAAGCAAAGGCUCUUCAUUCAUCUCCAAUGCCAGCGACGUCAUUGACAGGCUGGAGGCGGCUGACGGACAGGAAAACCUUGUGUUGGUCGCCAGCCGGAAAGUUGACUCCGAGGCCAUCCGCUCCCAGCGUGUAGAGGCUGCGGUUGCCUCUCGUGGCAUCAACCAGUUCGCUCGGAGGAGCCCAACUCGCACGGCCCUGGAUGACCCACCUGGUCCAACGAUGCGAAAUAGCUUCCAGAAGAUGGCGACGUCUCUGCGCAUGUCCCGAAUGGGAACCAUGAAGCGCGAGCAGAUGAUCCAGGAAGUGGCAGCUGCAGCCCCCGAACAAGGUUUGAAAGGUGCAAGUCUUGAGACGCGCCUUGCGACUUUUGGCAUGCAGAUGCUCGAGAUGGAGGGCGAUGGCAACUGUCAGUUCCGGUCCAUGGCCUUCAACUUGUUUGGGCAGCAGGACUACCAUGCCUCACCUCGGCAGGCUGCCGUCAGACACAUGAAGAAGCACUCGGACUUCUUCGGUGUCUUUUUUGAGGACCAGGCUGAGUUCUCGCGCUACCUGCAGAACAUGGCACGCAACGGCACGUGGGGUGAUGAGCUCACGCUCCGGGCCGUUGUGGAAGCUUAUGGCUGCAUUGCUCACGUCGUAACUUCCGAGCCUGCGAACUGGCACUUGGUCUACGAGCCUGAGGGCCCAGACGCUCCUGAUUUAGACGUAGCUGUUUGCCCGAAGGGCAUGGGCUUGCCGAAAAGCAGGAAGCGCAUAUUUCUGUCCUACAUUUCGCCUAUACACUACAACGCGAUUAUCUCCCGCCCUCACUGA